AUGCCAGACCAGCAACCUCGUCCGACCCCUUACAACCAGGGCUACCUGCCCAACGGCGCUAGCGGCCCCGUUCCUGGCGCCACCCCUCUGCUUCCGAACCAAGGCCGUGUUAUCCAGAGCGGUCCUAUUAGAGUGCUCUGCAUUGCCGAUGUGCGAGGCAACCUCCGCUCCCUCAACGACCUCGCCCGCUCGGCUCGUGCGGAUUACAUCAUUCACACCGGCGAUUUUGGCUUCUACGAUGAGACAUCUCUCGACCGCAUCGCCGAGAAGACCCUAAAGCAUGUCGCCCAAUACUCCCCGCUCAUCUCGGAGGCCACGAAGAAGCUCAUCGCGCAGGGCGUUCAGGGCCCGGUCAAGUCACGGUUCGACGCAAGCGAACUGCCACUCUCAGAGCUCCCCCAGCUCAUCACCGGCGAGCUGAAGCUGGAGGUACCGGUCUACACGGUAUGGGGUGCGUGUGAGGAUGUGCGGGUGCUGGAGAAGUUUCGGUCCAAGGAGUAUAAGGUGCACAACCUCUUCAUCAUCGACGAGGCUCAGUCCAUGUUGCUGGAGGUCGGCGGCGUGAAGCUCCGGCUUCUCGGGCUGGGCGGCGCCGUCGUCAUGCACAAGCUUUUCGACAACGGCGAGGGACGGACGACGAUCGCUGGCGGCCAGGGCACCAUGUGGACAACUCUGCUGCAGAUGGGCGAGCUCGUCGACACGGCAAACCGCGUUUACGACCCCACCGAAACCCGCAUCUUUAUCACACACGCGUCCCCGGCUCGCGAGGGUAUCCUGAACCAGUUGUCGGUUACUCUCAAGUCCGAUUUCUCCGUGUCGGCUGGCUUGCACUUUAGGUAUGGAAGCUCGUACAACGAAUUCAGCGUUAACCCUACCCUGGACCAUUACCGCGGCAAGCUCGCAGCGUCCAAAGCGUCCUUCAACGAUGUGUGGGACACGGUCAAGGGUGAAGUCGAGCCGGCUAUCAGCCAGGUCGAGGCCCAACAGACCCUAUUAAAGAACGCACUGGCGGUCGUUGAGAAGAUGCCUACGACUGCCGCGGGCGGGAACCCAUUUGGCGGCGCUGCUGCCGGCCAGUCGGCCGCGGCCCUGGGCCAGGUCGACGAGAGCGCCUUCAAGAACAUGUGGAACUUCAACCUCGCGGAUGCUGCCUUUGGCUGGCUCGUCCUAGAGAUCCAGGACGGCAGAAUCGGAACCGAGAUGCGCGCCCAGGGAUUCAACUUCUCUCACCGUGGAGCCAAGCAGCAACCCGGUGUUCAGCCCGCCCCUAUCGCUGCCGGUAGUAGCCCGGUCAUCCACACAGGCCCUUCCGCACCACCGGCGGCCAGCCCUGCCGCUCAGCCGAGGGUCGUCGCCCCGGUACCGGCACCCCCCCCGCAAACAAAGCCAGCCACGCCCCAGCCCCCGCCGGCUACUUCCCCGGCGCCUCGGGAAGAGAAGGCGGCACCGGCUUCUUCUAACGGCGCUGCAAACGCACCCGAUGCGGCCCCAGCCCCCAAGAAUCCGGCCGAUAACAUUAUCGGCCUCUUCGUUAUGAAUGCCCAGAGCGAUGACCAGGUCCGAGACUUGUUCUCCGAGGAUGACAAGGCCAAGAUCAUCAAGAUCGACCGCUGGGGUGUUAAUAACAAGGUGGCGCAGUUCAAGACGACCGAAGACCGGGAUGCUGCCAUGGAGCGUCUUCCUGACGACGUUAAAAACCGCGCCCCCGGUCAGGAGGAUCGCUCCAAGCCGCUGGUCAAGAUCUUUUCUCCCCCCGCCCCCCGUCAAUUCUCGCGCGGCGGUGCUGGCAACUGGGGCAGCGGCCGCGGUGGUCGGGAUGGUAGCAAUCCCCAGAGCGGGUACCGAAGCGCCGGCGGCGGAGGUGCUAGCGACAGCGAAGGUGCCGGGCGUCGCGGUGGACGUGGCGGACGCGGUGGUCGCGGUGGGGAGCGGGGGCGGGGCAGAGGCCCACGGGGUGGUAUCAAGAACGAGGGCGCUAGCCCUGCUCCUCCGGCUGACUCUUAG